CGUUGUUCUCACUACUUCUAAUUUGUACUUCUACAUUAAUAAAAACAAAAUAUAGAGAAUUCCACUCUUAAAUUACAGAAGUUCAAUUAAAAAAAUUCAGGCUACUAUAUUUUCUGCUUUAUUAUAUCUCAAACAGUUCACCAAAUUUAGGGUUUUAGAGUCCAGUAAUGUUUGUAGCCUCGAUGAAAAACAAAAAAAGGCCCAAGUUCAUGGUAUAAGAUUUGUCGAAAGCCAUGUAGGCAUAUAUGUUGCUGCUUCAGCAGUGGACUUUAUUACAUACUGUAGCGACCUUAGGUACUUUCUAGUACUUUCUACUUAGGUUAAGGACUGGAGGGAAACAAAUAGAACUAAAUGGAGAAAAGGGUUGAGUGGAUAUAAAUGAGUUUUUGGGGGGGCGUUGGAUUUUUUUUUGACUCAGUUCCAACAUAAUUAUGAAAGGUAAGCACCUGAUUAUAUAUCAAUAAUUGUUAUACUCUUAAUGACACUGAUAACCCUAUUUAAAUGAAAGUUACUGAAAUCAGAGGUUAUGACCUGACUGAACAAUUUGAAAUACAUUGUUUCAAAUCUUGUAGACAUCAUAUACUACAAAAUAGCAUAUGAAACGUACAGACAAUUUAUUUUUCAUGGUCUAGAUGGACAUAAAAGGUCUCAAGUGUGUUUUGAAGAUGCGUAACAUUCUCCACUAUUAAAUCAUCCAAAAGGGGUCUUGUUUAAAAUAGGUAACAUUGACAGCACUGUCAUGUGGUAUAUGAAAAAGCCGGAGAGAGCAUUUUACCAAGUCAGUAUGAUAGAACAAUAUUAUUCUGACAUACUACUGUUCUUUCAUAAAUACAAGUGUAAAUACAAAUUUAAGCAAGGGGAACAUGUAUUCAGAAAGUUUUAAUAUAUUUCACCAAAACUUUCUUGACAUAAUGCAUCAUCAGUUGUCUAUCUUAACUCCAACCGAAAAAAAAGACUGGUUUGCCCGAUGGAUGUAUCUAAUGUUUUAACAACUCUUUUUCAUGCAACUUCUGUCAACAAUAUAGUAAAAAUAAUUUACUGCCUCUUGGGCUGUGUUCCAUGCCAUUAACAUUGUAGAUGUUAUCUUGGAACAAAGCUACUAUCAUGAUAAAAGAGGAAAUACAGUUUCUAGUGAGCAUUUUUCUUCUGUCAAAGUUUUCAACUUUUUCAAUCCUUGACUGUAAUCAGAAAUAACAUCCACUAUAUGAGCUCUUUGAACUCUGUGGCAUUUUGAAAGAAAAGACACAAUUAACAUCUAGAAUGUUCUCAGCAAACAGAAAUACUCUUUCCAGGUGAAUGACAGAAAGAGGGAACACAGGGAAGGAGCUUCUCCUUAAACAACUCCACCUCUUCACUCUUCUAAAAAACCUACUGCAAAGAAUUACAUAAGAAUGGUGUCUGGUAGUAUACUUCUGUCCUUUGAGGUGUGUUUAUGUGGCAUGCCUGCGUUAUUUAUGCGUUUAAAAAAAAAUGCUGUUUGCAAGCUAAAAAGUUCUGAUUUUAUUGUAAGCAGGAUUUUUUAGGUAAGCACUUCCUUUUCACAAUUAUUUUGUUACUUUGUUUUUAGUUAUUGUCUAUUUGCAUCUGCUGCUCCAGAUGUAAAUCUGUCCUUCCACUUCUUGCUGAAGACAUGAAGAUAAAAAUUUUCUGAAAUGGAGCAUAUUCAGCUUCCAACGUGUAUAAAUUGAUGAAUGCCACUUCAAAAGAAUAACAAUCUGAUAAAAAGUAUUUUAUGUGAGAACAUCAGUGGACGAUCAGAGCUUUCCAAGCAUGGUGAACUUCUGGCUGCAGUAUCAGACUCAUACUGAACACAGAACAGUAUUCACAGAGAAGAAAAAGGAAAGAGAAGACCAUGUUUCUGCAGCCUAGCAGGACAGCUGGACAAACGGACGCCUGGGCUCUUGUCCCUUUACUGCAGGUUUUUAACAAACUUAUGGAACCUCCGACAGAUCGUUUGGAAGUGUCAGGUCUAAAGUGCGUGUGCCAGCUGUGUGAGCAUACAAACUUCACCUGUCAAACUGAGGGAGCGUGCUGGGCUUCAGUCAUGCUAACUAACGGAAAAGAAGAAGUGAUAAAGUCAUGCGUCUCCCUUCCGGAACUGAAUGCUCAAGUCUUCUGCCACAGUUCUAAAAACAUAACAAAAACUGAAUGCUGCUAUACUGACUUCUGCAACAACAUAACUCUCCGCCUGCCCAUAGCUUCAGAAUCUCCAAGCAGACCAAACGUAGGACCUGUGGUACUGGCAGUGAUGGUUACGGUACCCAUCUGCAUCUUGUCUCUCGUGGUGAUGCUGACCGUAUGUACCUGUCAAAGCCGUCACUGUGCGUACAGGAAGAAGAAGCAGCCGAACAUUGAAGAACCUCUAUCUGAGUGCAAUCUAGUGAACUCUGGAAAAACUCUUAAAGAUCUUAUUUAUGAUAUGACAACGUCUGGGUCCGGGUCCGGUUUACCUCUGCUUGUACAAAGAACAAUUGCAAGGACUAUUGUUCUUCAGGAAAUAGUAGGAAAAGGCCGAUUUGGUGAAGUUUGGCGUGGAAAAUGGUGUGGAGAAGAUGUAGCUGUGAAGAUCUUUUCCUCAAGAGAUGAAAGGUCUUGGUUUCGGGAGGCAGAAAUUUAUCAGACGGUUAUGCUGAGACAUGAAAAUAUCCUGGGUUUUAUUGCUGCAGAUAACAAGGAUAAUGGAACUUGGACUCAGCUCUGGCUCGUCUCUGAAUACCAUGAGCAAGGAUCCUUGUUUGAUUAUUUGAACAGAAACACUGUGACAGUUGAUGGUAUGAUUAAACUGGCACUUUCGAUAGCCAGUGGCUUAGCACACCUUCAUAUGGAGAUAGUUGGCACGCAAGGCAAACCAGCUAUUGCACACAGAGAUCUGAAAUCUAAAAACAUCUUAGUGAAGAAAAAUGAAACCUGUGCUAUAGCAGACUUGGGACUGGCUGUGAAACAUGAUUCUAUAUUAAAUACAAUUGACAUACCUCAGAAUCCUAGAGUGGGGACAAAGAGGUAUAUGGCUCCUGAGAUACUUGAUGAUGUGAUGAACAUGAACAUCUUUGAGUCAUUCAAACGUGCAGACAUAUACUCUCUUGGUCUAGUAUACUGGGAGAUAGCAAGAAGAUGUUCAAUUGGAGGAAUCACUGAGGAAUACCAGUUGCCUUAUUACGAUGUGGUGCCUUCUGAUCCUUCGAUAGAAGAUAUGAGAAGGGUUGUUUGUGAGCAGAAACUGAGACCAAAUAUUCCAAACCAGUGGCAAAGCUGUGAGGCACUGCGAGUAAUGGGCAGGAUAAUGCGUGAAUGCUGGUAUGCUAAUGGAGCAGCUCGGUUGACUGCACUUCGUAUUAAGAAGACAAUUUCACAGCUUUGUGUGCAGGAAGAUUCCAAAGCCUAACAAAUCUCUUUGGAAGAAGAGGAAGGAAUGAAUUCUUCUGUUCAUCUUUUAACAUGUGAUAUUAUUUUUGUUUUUGGUCUACCUCAUAUAACGUGGUUCAGUAUUUAUGUGCCCAAACCAGAGCACUGACAUCAAGCUUCAUAGUUGGCCACUGAAAGGGGCAGCUUUUGACUUGUAGUUUGUUUCAUACAGCAAGUCACUGACUCGCCUUGGUUUUUUAAAGAAAAAUAGACACUAGCCAAAUAGCAGAAAGGAGCUUAAAACACCACUACAGUCUAAAAAUAACUUUUGCUAUUCUUGUGCUUUUUAUCCUAGUCAAACCCUAAAUAUUGCAAAUAGCCUGAACUGUUUCAAGCCUGUUUAUAAAAGAAACCACACAUUUUAUCCUCAAGCCAGGUAAAAGACCAAAUUUAAUCAAGCUUUUUACAUAUUUUUACACAGAAAUCUGAAAAGUGACUGUCAGUAAAAUGCAUUUUUAAAUACUACGUUUAUCAGUACCUAAGCAAAUAAGUAAGAUGAAAAUUCCACUAAGCAUGUAUACUGUGAACAAAAGCAUCUAGUUUGUUUUUUAUUAGCUUUUAUUUUUAUUGUCUUGAUUUUUAUAUAAAAUAUUGUAGUUAGGAUUUGCAGUUAUUUUGUUUUGUUCAUCUGAGCUGAACAUAUCAGUUAAGGACUUUUUUUUUUUAAUCCAGUUACUAGGAAAAAGAACAGGUGAUACUUUUCUGAUAUGUACAUAGGGAUGAAAUGGGAGAAGUUCUACAUAAGCUAGAAAGUAUGUAUUUUUAAAUAACAUUUUGCCAGUCGAUCACUCUUAACAUUUCUUAGUGCCUUUUGAUGUUUUAGUACAAAGCUUUAGCAAAAUUAUUUCCUGGAAAACAGUUUAAAAAAGCCAAGCCAAAAACUAGUGUCUCAUUCCCCCUUUUCAUCUCCUUUCCCCAGCACAUAGUCUUUUGGUAAAAUGAACUAAAAUGUCACAGCUAUGUUACAACUCAGUCUACCUGGUUGUUUCAGAGUGCUUGGGGAAAGCCCACAAGAUCUAGACCUAUGCGGGAAUUGUGGCUGUGGCACUCAUGUCUGGCAGAGCUGGUGUGCUCAAGGCCUUAUGCUGGAGCAAUGCCCUUGACUUCAGAAGAUUAAUUUGCUUUCUACCAUCCUAGUUCUUCAAUAUUUUUAGUGUACUUGCAUGGCGGAUUGGAUCACCAUUUGUUACUGUCUGUCACAGAUUACGGACCUGAUAAACU